AUGCUCAUCUCGUAUAUCCUGCUGCAGUUCCCCUUUUUCUAUCGCAUCCUUAAGAACGUCUUUACGCGGGCGAGGAACGCUAACAAAUAUUCGCACCAGUACAAGCCCUUUUAUUAUGAUAGCCCAUCCAACAGUGACGAUAAAGAUUCGAUCAGUAUUGAGAGGGGGAAGGACAAAAGGCGCAGGAAUACGUUUGCCCUGUUCAGCAUCAAUAGGAAUAAUAAACGGUACAGCAUUAAGACGCUCUUUACUGGGUAUAAAUCGAAGAAGGGAAAGAAGAAGGGAAGAAAGGAUCCCCCAGGGGAGGGUGUCCCCCUCGAUGAUCAAUCCCCCAUUGGCGUAUCACCCUGCGAAGGUGUCUCUCGAAAGAGUCGUCUACAACCCGGAUCAGCGAACACCCACAAACGGCAGAGCAUCUACCUGGAUGACUGCAACAUGUGGAUGAAUAGCGACAUGAAAAAGGUGAAUAAGAAGAAAAACUUCAACUUAUCCAGAUCGUUAAGUUUUAACAUAAACUUGAACGAAGGGAACGACAUGAUAAUGAAGGACUCUGCCAGUCUGGACGAUAUUAAAAUUUUUUUGGGUCACCAGACGAGCAAGUUUGUGGCAAACAAGGAUAAACUGAAGGCCAGGAAGUCGUCCAUAUAUAAUAAGUACGUGCCGCUAACAUUCACUUCUUCUUAUAAGAACAACAUGGUAACUCAGUUUUUGAAGGCGCACACAGAGAACAUGCGGCCGGUCAGUUCGGAGUACUCAUCGUCGGAGAGUGAGGGGGGUGAUAACUCCGGCAGGUACAAGAAGGUCUACAUUGGAAAAGAUGAUACGCGCAGAAGAAGGAGAGAGAGGCGUGCUACGCAGGGAGAUACCGCAGACGACGUGGUAAACCAUCCCGAUAACAGAGACAAUGAUGAAAGAGCGCCUAAACACAUGCUCAGCAGGGAUAUAAAAUCGCACAGUAGAGACCACACCGACGGGGGCACCAACCUAUAUGCAACCAAAAGUGCAAUCCUCUUUAGCAAUAAAAAAAAAAAAAAAAAAAACCAAUAUAGAAAACUAAUCAAAGGUAGAACUCGAUACUUCAAACAAAUCAGAUGCAUAAAUAAGGUGAAGAAGUUUUUUUAUUUUUUUAUUAAUUACAAUAUGAAGUCUUCCAAGUCGACAAAUAAUUUGUUUCUCUUUUUUAGGGGUGUGUCCCUCUACAUAAAGCACCGCUUUAUGCAUUAUUUGUCUUACGAGCCUGUUUGGAUUAUUGCCAUUUUGAUAAGGAUCGUUCUGUGGUGUAUCGUCUGGUUGUGGGCAGCUAGUUACAUGGAAAGGAAACCCAAGAAUUUUAAAAUAACAGGAUGGAAUAUGAAGAAGGUACCAUCCUUAUAUGGGUACAUCGAAUGCACCUUCCAGUGGUGUGGUGUAUUUGAUUACUUCUUCGGGUUAUACUUCACGAAUAAUAAGCUGAAGUAUAUAUUUUCCUUUUUCUCCCUUAUCGAUUUUAUUACUACUCCAGUUUCCUCCCUCAUAAUGAACGCCUUGUGUGAAAAUAAAUACAGUCAGAAUUACUGGUUCUUGAUAUUGGGUCCUCUUCGUUUUUUGAGACUAGUACGAGCGGAGAGUACAAUCAGUUCCUGCUUCUUCUGGUUGAGUGACGUGAAGAUCAUAAUCAUAGGGAUAAUAAUAUUAGCGUUAGCAAUUUUAUUUACCUUUUCAGGCAUUAUGUACAUACUAGAGGCACCAGACGUAGACCGUGCCUUUGUGAGUCCCUUGGAUUUUGUCUACUUUGGCGUCAUAACCAUGUCGACAGUUGGGUAUGGAGAUUACACUCCUGUGACCCCCGCAGGGAAAUGUCUCACCAUGUUUAUCAUAAUCACGUGUAUCAGUUUUGUAGGGGCUCAGUUCAAGCGGUUGAAGGAAGCCAUGUUUAGUCCGAAAACGAUUAUGGGGAUUAUUCCCAAGCAGGACGAUGAUUAUAUACUUAUCCUGGGUCCAGUCAGUCCAACUCAACUUCUAUACAUUUGUAAGGCGAUUAAUAAUAGCUUCCCCAAUUCGGUAGAAUCCAUUUUUCUGUUCACUCCAUUGCCAGUUAUUAUUUACCGUUUCGUGUAUGGAAGUAUUGUGAAAAAUACGAAUAUUAAGGUGUGCAUAAAUGGAGGAAACGAAUGCUUCAUUUGUCCCAGUAUCAUAUACGACGCAGUAAUUAACGCAAGGGCAUUAUACAUUCUUAACAACGUAGAUGCAGAGAAGUAUACCUUGUUAUAUCAGCAGAUCUUCCUCGCCAGCAAUAACCUAAACUUCAGUAACAAUGACCCGAAUCAGAGAAUCCGCUCCAACGAUAUACUGCACAAUAAUAUCAUUAACAAAUUUAAUAAGGACAAACAAAGGAAGUGGAAGUACUCGGAUUUUCUCUCCGAUUACAAAAACGAAAUUAAUAAAAAUAACAUGAACAAUUUGGAGAUGAAUAUUAACAUUAAUGAUUCUCACGUCGUGAAGGAGAAGGACGAUCAGGAAUGUCUCCUCCGGUUUAUAGGCACCUAUAAUAUUUGCCACACACUCAUCCCGAUUACGCUGCAACUGUCCAACAAUACGUAUGAAGAGUUGGUAAAAUCGAUGAAGGUGUAUAACUACCUCAGCAUGGAAGAGCUUAAGUAUGCUCUCCUUGCCAAGAGCGUCAAUUGUAAGGGCCUCUUCUUUUUAAUAAUUAAUUUUUUCUACAAACCGAAGGCUGUAAAGAGCUUGAAAAAGUACAUAAUAGAUUUGAAGCUACUCAUGUACAACCGCAUAUUAAAACGGAAGAACAGAGAGAAGAUGAAUAACGGUGGUGUGAAGAUUAACAAGAUUAGCGAGAUUUCCUCCUCCAGCAGUGGCCUCUCCUUUGGGGGGAUAGUUCCCUACCUGAAGGGCAGACAGUCCACCGCAACAGGUGGGAACGCCCACGACAUGGCUAACCCUGCCAAGGUGGACACGUACAGUAGUAGUGAACAAGAAGAUAAGAACAAAGUAACUGUACGCAAUGUGGGUAGACCGAACCCAGUCAAUUAUAAGGAAAUCCUCCCGCUGAACUCCUUAGACGAUCUCGACUUUGCACAAACACCAAACUAUCAGAAUUACUACCGCAUGCUUGAAAGGGUCAGUCUAAAUAUGUACUACUACCUGGAGGGGCUCAAAUACAACAUCUAUCGUUUUCAGUUCCCGGAAUGCAUGAGGGGGUUUCUCUUCCAAACGGCUACCGAGUACCUCUACCAAAAGUAUAGUGCCUUCCUCAUCGGCAUAAUAACAAUCAAUAAGGAGAUUUUCCUAAACCCUGUCGAUUACAUCAUUGGGGAGGAGAACAAGUUUUACUACACUUCUGCUUUUUCGGGGAUCAUCCUCACGACCAGCCUGGAUAACCUGAUCAAGCUGUCCUCCAUUAAGAACAUCUCGAAGAAGGUUUAUGAGUACAACGACCGGCGGAUCAGCGAACGCUUCGGGGGGAAUGCCAAGGUGCGAACAGCGAGGGAAGGGGUGAAGGUCGUUACGGUGAAUGCUGCUUCGGUGAACGCGCCUGCAAUGAACGCUGCCGGAGUGAGGACCGCUGCGCCCAGGGGGAAGGUCAACUUUGAUCCCCGAGGGGGAAACUCGGGCAGCAGCGAGGGGCAGCAUCGCGACGGCCAGCAGCGCGGCCAGGAUGAAGGUGACCAUGACGGUGACCAUGACGCCUCCGUGCACCGGGACGCGGAACGGCACCCGCGGGAGGAGAAGGUCGCCCGGCGGAGCACCCUCCUGUAUAACUUCUUCCUGGGCAUCUACGAAGUGGACAAUUACAUAUCGGCGUACCGGGACAUUUUCAGUAAGAAGAACAAGCCGUUGCUGCUGGUGUGCGGCUGGCCAGACAACAUACACCUGUUCUUGAAGCACUUGCAGGUGAACACGGGCAACUGGUUAAGGCAUAGGAGGAAGAGGAAAAAGAGGCGCAAGAGAAGGAGGAAAAGGAAGAAGGGGGGAAAGAUGAAAACCGGGGGGACGCAGACGGAACAGCGAGGCGAACAACCCGUCGUGCAUGUCAACAGUCCAGGAAGUAGCAGCUCUUGUAGUGAUGACACCUACGGUGAUACGUACGGUGAUAGUGCUUCGCGAAGGAAAAAAACGCCUGGUGGAAAAAUCAAAUACAACAUAAUCAUCCUGUCCCUGCAUGUACCAAAGUUUAACUACGAGAACGACCUCCUGGACUUCUCCCAUAACGUGGCCUUCAUCCGGGGGUCGGCCCUGAACAGCACCAAUCUCAUACAGGCAGGCGUGUUCUACGCGAAGAGGCUCAUCAUCUUCAACGCCAACCACAGCCUCUUCAUAGACAAGGACGCCUACCGGAUCGACAACGAAGUAAUCAUAAUAAAGAACGUGAUCUACCAGCUGUACAAUAGUGUAUUAAAGAGCAGGUUCAAUUACAUGAAUUUGAUAAAAAGGGUUUUCAAAAAUGAAUUCAAGGAUGUUAAUAUUAACGAGAAGGUGUUCGCCAGUGAGGCCCCGUUCCAACUGAACGAGAUGAUACGGGUAAAGACGUGCUCCUCUACGUCGUCCGCAUCAUCAUCUUCUGGGGAAUCAUCUGAAGAAUCAUCUGAGGAAUCAUCUGAGGAAUCAUCUAAGUCAUCCUCUGCAUCAUGUUCUGUGGCAUCCUCGGCCCCUGCCCGUUUGGGCGGCCCGCCCCUUCCACUGCGGGGAGAGUGCAAAAACCUGAACAUCUUCAACGUCAACCGGAACCCCUACCUCAUCUGCAUGAUUAAAAACUCCGAGAGCCUAGAAUACAUCGACGGAAGUAUCAACUUAUCGUACGAAAAUUAUAACGACAAUGAGAAAAUGAACAAAAUAUGGGAAAAUUGUGGAGAGUACAUUUACACAUUCGAGCUCGUUUCUGCGAACAUUUUUGUGGAUGAGAUGCUACAUAAUUUGGUAUCCUUUUCUCUACCCAUAAGUAAAUACGCCAUUGAGUAUUCAGUAAUUUAUUCCCUCAUUGGGAUCGACAUAAAUGAAUAUUCUAAAAACGCCAAAGCUUUUCACAAGAAUUUAAAGUUAUGUACUGGUCAGGUGAACUUGAUUCCCAUCCCGUCUUAUUUUUACAAGAAGAGUUUUUACAAAUGUUUCUCCUACUUCCUUCACAACAAGCAGUGCUUGUGUAUUGGCAUUUUGCGUUACAUGGACAUUUCGCCGCUGUGCAGGAAGUCCCGGAAGCUCUUCGUGCUGUCCUGCCCCUCGCGCACAAUGAAAAUUGAGCGUGACGACCAGGCAUAUGUCAUCUCGUACAACAUGAAGUAA